AAGGUAAAAUUGUCUCCAUUAUGUACAUGAAGAGCUGGAAGUUACUAACUUAAGUCCAAGAUUAUACAGUUAAUAAGCAGUGAAACUAGAAUUGGAAUCUAGGUAUAUGGGGUUUCAAAACUUGUAUUUUUUGUUACACACACACAAGCCACUGCCACCACCACCCCACCACGGUGUGCCAAUUUGUUUUCCUUGUUAGUGGAGGAGGCAAAAGAUUGCUCUAAAUUAAAGUCUUUCAUUAAAACUUAAAUUAAGCCAGUACAUGUUUGUGGUGCCAGGAGGUAUUAUGGAUCUGUAGCUGUUGCUUGGGGAAAGCUCCUCUUGUUGAAAAGGAGCCUUCACUAGAGGGAGGAAUCUGGAAAAGGUAGAUCUGGAAGAAGCCAUUAGAACUGUGAUAAACAGCUGUUGACUCACCUGAGCCCUUGUGACCUUGGCAGAAUCAAAGAUUGACUCAUUUAGUUAGUUCUUAAAUUGACAUUAAGUCCCAUGUGUGCAAACUGCCACCCCAGUUUUGAGGAAUUGUCUAUCUUUUCCUUUGUGUGACUCCACUCUACCUUUCUAUCCUUCCAUGGCACUUGUUAUACUAUUGUAUUUUUUAAUACUGUAUUCUACUUAAGUUCAGGAGCUUUACAUAAUAGUCAGUUUAUAACUCUUUAGUUAAGAGAAUCAGUUUCUUGCUUCCUUCAAAAAAAUAUUUGUGGUAGUUUUUAAGGGUACAGUAUGUUAAAAACCCCAAUAGAUGAAAAGAAAAAAAGCAUAAAGGUAGAUUUAGAAGAGAAAUAUGGAACCUGAAGGAAUGUCAGUAAGUGGAAAUGCAUUUGAUGAUACCUUACACUAUUAACAAUGCUUGAAGUUUCCUAAUGGACAAGACAAAGAAGGAACUAAAAUUGAUACAGAAUUCACAAUGUCUGUAAAAUAAACACAUUACAAUUGCUAGGAGAAGCAAAGAUCUCCCUGGUGUUAAGAGUUGAGAAAAAUUUCUCCCUACGUUAAAAUCUUGAGUUCAACGGACAGCAUCAUCAUUAGAAAAGGUUGCUUCUUAUCCUGUCUUUUAAUGCAUGGUAGGGCGUGUAUUUGUCAUUUAGGGUGCUUUAACCAGUAACCAGCCAAAAUUGUGUAGAUAUUUCUUAUUUAAUAAUCUAAUUAUGAAUGUUCUUCGUCUUUGGAUGAUUCAGGGACCCAGCCAUCACGUAUGAUCAAAGUACAACUCAUUAAAGGCUAGUUUGCAGAGUUUCAGAGCAAUACAGUAAGACACUCGGCAUUUCAUCUGAAGAGAAAUUUGUUAUUACAACAACAAGUAGGAAAGAAAUUACCUGUGAUAAUUUCAAUGAAACUGUUAAAGAUGGAGUCACUCUGUACCUGCUGCAGUCAGUCGAUCAGUUACUGUUAACAGCUACAAAAGAACGAAUUGACUUCCUACCUCACUAUGACACACUGGUUAAAAGUGGCAUGUAUGAAUAUUAUGCAAGUGAAGGACAAAAUCCUUUGCCAUUUGCUCUUGCGGAGUUAAUUGACAAUUCAUUAUCUGCUACUUCUCGAAACAUUGGUAUUAGAAGAAUACAGAUCAAAUUGCUUUUCGAUGAGGCACAAGGAAAACCUGCUGUUGCAGUGGUGGAUAAUGGAAGAGGAAUGACCUCUAAGCAGCUUAACAACUGGGCUGUGUAUAGGUUGUCAAAAUUUACAAGGCAAGGUGACUUUGAAAGUGAUCAUUCAGGAUAUGUUCGUCCAGUGCCAGUGCCACGCAGUUUAAAUAGUGAUAUUUCCUAUUUUGGUGUUGGGGGCAAACAGGCUGUCUUCUUUGUUGGACAAUCAGCCAGAAUGAUAAGCAAACCUGCAGAUUCUCAAGAUGUUCACGAGCUUGUGCUUUCUAAAGAAGAUUUUGAGAAGAAGGAGAAAAAUAAAGAAGCAAUAUAUAGUGGAUACAUUAGAAACAGAAAGCCAUCUGAUUCUGUUCACAUUACAAAUGAUGAUGAAAGAUUUCUACACCAUCUUAUCUUAGAGGAGAAGGAAAAAGAUAGCUUUACUGCUGUGGUUAUCACAGGGGUACAACCAGGACACAUACAGUACUUGAAAAAUUUUUUCCAUCUUUGGACGCGACAGUUAGCGCAUAUUUAUCAUUAUUAUAUUCAUGGCCCAAAGGGGAAUGAAAUACAUACUUCGAAAGAAGUUGGACCUUUCAACAACAUUGAUAUUGAAAUUUCUAUGUUUGAAAAAGGGAAGGCACCUAAGAUUGUCAACCUAAGGGAAAUACAAGAUGACAUGCAGACGUUGUAUAUAAACACAGCAGCUGAUAGUUUUGAGUUCAAGGCUCAUGUUGAAGGAGACGGUGUAGUGGAGGGGAUUAUCCGAUAUCAUCCUUUCUUAUAUGAUAGAGAAACUUACCCUGAUGAUCCAUGCUUUCCAUCAAAAUUAAAAGAUGAAGAUGAUGAUGAUGACUGUUUCAUACUUGAGAAAGCAGCAAGAGGGAAAAGACCUAUUUUUGAAUGUUUUUGGAAUGGACGAUUAAUACCAUAUACAUCUGUUGAAGACUUUGACUGGUGUACGCCUCCUAAGAAGAGAGGUCUUGCACCAAUUGAAUGCUACAAUAGAAUAUCUGGUGCAUUAUUUACUAAUGACAAAUUUCAGGUCAGCACAAAUAAACUGACUUUUAUGGAUCUUGAGCUAAAAUUGAAAGAUAAGAACACUCUUUUCACAAGGAUCUUAAAUGGACAGGAACAACGAAUGAAAAUUGACAGAGAAUUUGCUUUGUGGCUGAAGGACUGUCAUGAAAAGUAUGACAAACAAAUAAAAUUUACACUCUUUAAAGGAGUAAUUACACGUCCUGAUCUUCCGUCUAAAAAGCAGGGCCCUUGGGCCACCUACUCAGCAAUAGAAUGGGAUGGAAAAAUAUACAAAGCUGGACAGCUGGUUAAGACAAUUAAGACACUUCCCCUCUUUUAUGGAAGCAUAGUAAAAUUUUUUCUUUAUGGUGAUCAUGAUGGAGAAGUAUAUGCUACAGGAGGAGAAGUUCAAAUUGCAAUGGAACCUCAGGCAUUAUUUGAUGAAAUAAAAACUGUGCCAAUUGCAAAGCUGGAUAGGACAGUUGCUGAGAAAACUGUAAAAAAAUAUGUAGAAGAUGAAAUGGCGAGGCUCCCUGAUAGAUUGUCAGUAACUUGGCCUGAAGGAGAUGAAUUAUUGCCAAAUGAGAUAAGGCCUGCUGGAACCCCUAUUGGUGCGUUAAGAAUUGAAAUACUGAAUAAAAAGGGGGAAGCAAUGCAGAAGCUUCCAGGAACAAGUCAUGGAGGGUCAAAGAAACUCCUGGUUGAGCUCAAAGUUAUAUUACACACUUCCAGUGGAAAUAAAGAAAUAAUUUCACAUAUUAGUCAACAUGGAGGAAAAUGGCCUUACUGGUUUAAAAAAAUGGAAAAUAUUCAAAAAUUGGGGAACUAUACGUUGAAAUUACAAGUUGUAUUGAAUGAAAGUAAUGCAGACACUUACGCAGGAAGACCACUACCAUCUAAAGUAAUUAAAUUUUCUGUUAAAGAGGGCAAGCCAGAGAAAUUUUCAUUUGGUCUUCUGGAUCCUCCUUUUCGGGUUGGAGUCCCAUUCAAUAUCCCUCUACAGUUCCAGGAUGAAUUCGGCCACACUACUCAACUGGUAACUGAUAUUCAGCCAAUUCUUGAAGCAAGUGGUUUAUCUUUACAUUAUGAAGAAAUAACCAAAGGACCAAAUUGUGUAAUUCGAGGUGUUACAGCUAAGGGCCCUGUAAACUCUUGUCAGGGCAAGAAUUUUAAUCUGAAGGUUAUUCUGCCGGGUUUAAAAGAAGACUCAGAGAUUUUGAAAAUUAGAUUACUACCUGGCCCCCCUCGUCGAUUGAAAGUGAAACCUGAUUCUGAAAUUUUGGUUAUAGAAAAUGGAACAGCUUUCCCAUUUCAGGUAGAAGUUUUGGAUGAAUCAGACAAUAUAACAGCACAACCAAAACUGAUUGUUCAUUGUAAGUUUUUAGGUGCUCCAAAUCUUCCAGUCUAUGUUGUGGAUUGCAGCAGUUCUGGAACUAGUAUUUUAAGUGGGUCUGCAAUUCAAGUUCAGAAUAUUAAAAAAGACCAGACGCUUAAAGCAAGACUUGAAAUACCUAGUUGUAAAGAUGUGGCAGCUGUGGAGAAGACUAUUAAAUUGCUUCCCAGUAGCCAUGUUGCAAGACUCCAGAUAUUUAGUGUGGAAGGACAAAAGGCAAUCCAGAUCAAACAUCAGGAUGAAGUUAAUUGGAUAGCAGGCGAUAUUAUGCAUAAUCUUAUUUUUCAAAUGUAUGAUGAAGGAGAAAGAGAAAUUAAUAUAACAUCAGCUUUAGCAGAAAAAAUUAAAGUUAAUUGGACUCCUGAGAUUAACAAAGAACACUUGCUUCAGGGUCUACUUCCUGAUGUACAAGUACCAACAUCUGUAAAAGAUAUGCGCUAUUGCCAGGUUUCAUUCCAAGAUGAUCAUGUGUCAUUGGAAAGUGCAUUUUCAGUAAGACCACUUCCUGAUGAACCUAAACAUUUAAAAUGUGAGUUAAAAGGAGGAAAAACAGUACAGAUGGGCCAAGAGCUUCAAGGGGAAAUCGUUGUAAUAGUUACUGAUCAGUAUGGAAAUCAGAUUCAGGCAUUUUCACCAAGUUCUUUAUCUGCUCUGGGAGUUGCUGGGGUUGGACUUGACAGCUCAAAUUUGAAAACUACUUUCCAGGAAAACACACAAAGUAUAAGUGUAAGAGGCAUCAAAUUUAUUCCAGGUCAUCCUGGAAAUAAGGAUCUUUGUUUUACUUGGCGUGAGUUUUCUGACUUUAUUCGAGUACAACUGAUUUCCGGACCCCCAGCUAAACUACUACUUAUAGGUUGGCCCGAAUUAAAGGAGCCCGUUCCAGUGAUUAAUGGUAAAGAACUACAGAACCCACUUAUUGUUCAACUUUGUGAUCAGUGGGAUAAUCCAGCACCUGUACCACAGGUUAAAAUAACUCUUAUGAAAGCUAGCAAUUUAAAGCUUAUUCCUUCAAACCAACAGCAUAAAACAGAUGAAAAGGGCAGGGCUAAUUUGGGGCUGUUCAGUGUUUUUGCUCCUAGGGGAGAACAUAUUAUGCAGGUUAAAGGUAUCUACAACAAGAAUACCAUAGAAGGACCUAUAAUUAAGUUAAUGAUUCUUCCAGACCCUGAAAAACCCGUUCGUCUCAAUGUUAAAUAUGAUAAAGACGCUUCCUUUUUAGCAGGGAGUCUGUUCACUGAUUUUAUGAUAAGUGUUAUUUCUGAAGAUGAAAGUAUCAUUAAAAAUAUUAAUUCAACACGUAUUUCCAUGAAAAUGUGGAAACUGUCUAGCAGUGGGAACCGACCAUCAGCAAAUGCAGAAACAUUUAGUUGUAAUAAAAUAAAAGAUAAUGACAAAGAAGAUGGCUGCUUCUAUUUCAGGGAUAAAGUAAUUCCUAACAAAGUGGGGACAUACUGUAUCCAGUUUAGUUUUAUGAUGGAUAAAGCAAAUAUUCUCAACAGUGAACAGAUUAUAGUUGAUGUUCUACCUAAUCAACCUGUGAAGUUAGUUCCGAAAAUUCAACCAGCUACACCAGCUGUUUCUAAUGUUCGUUCAAUUGCCAGUAGGACUCUGGUGAAAGAUUUACAUCUCAAUAUCACGGAUGAAUACAGCAAUCAUACUGGAAUUGAUGUGGUUGGUGCUGUAAUAGCUACUAUUAAAGGUUCUAAUGAGGAAGACACUGAUAUACCACUCUUUAUCGGGAAAGUUAGAACACUUGAAUUUCCCUUUGUGAAUGGUUCAGCUGAAAUUACGAAUCUAGUACUGGCAGAAAAUAGUCCUGGAAGGGAUAGUACUGAAUAUUUUAUUAUAUUUGAGCCUCAGCUACCAGCUUUAUCAAGAACAUUAGAACCAUAUAUCCUACCAUUUAUGUUUUACAAUGAUGUAAAGAAGCAGCAACAAAUGGCAGCACUUACAAAAGAGAAGGACCGAUUAUCUAAGUCUAUUACUGUAUAUAGAAAUUUAUUUGAAGCCGGCAAACAGCUUCUUGAUGAAAUGAAAUGCCAGUGUGAAGAAGCAGAAUUAAAGGAGGCCCAGUUGCGGAAUGAACUAAAAACACAUAAUAUUGACAUUCCUGCCGCACAACAGGUGACACACAUUGAAGCACUUUUGAAAAGAAAGAGAACAGAACAAGAGGAACUAAAGAAAAAGCCUAGAAGAUCAUGUACUCUGCCAAACUAUACUAAAGGCAGUGUGGAUGUUUUGGGAAAGAUUGCACAUUUAGCACAAAUUGAAGAUGAUAGAGCUGCAAUGGUUAUUUCUUGGCAUCUGGCAAGUGACAUGGACUGUGUGGUUACCCUGACCACUGAUGCUGCUCGUCGUAUCUAUGAUGAAACCCAAGGUCGUCAGCAGGUGUUGCCCCUUGAUUCUAUUUAUAAGAAGACGCUUCCAGAUUGGAAAAGGCCUCUACCUCACUUAAGAAAUGGAAAAUUAUAUUUUAAACCCAUUGGAGAUCCAGUCUUUGCCCGAGAUUUGUUAACAUUUCCGGAUAAUAUAGAACAUUGUGAAACAGUAUUUGGUAUGCUGUUAGGAGACACCAUAAUUUUGGAUAAUUUGGAUGCUGCCAAUCAUUAUAGAAAAGAGGUUGUUAAAAUUACACACUGUCCUACACUGCUGACGAGGGAUGGAGAUCGCAUUCGAAGUAAUGGAAAGUUUGGAGGCCUUCAGAAUAAAGCUCCUCCAAUGGAUAAACUUCGGGGAAUGGUAUUUGGAGCUCCAAUUCCAAAACAGUGUCUGAUCUUAGGGGAACAAAUAGAUCUUCUCCAACAGUAUCAUUCUGCUGUGCGCAGACUGGGCAGUGUGAAUGAGGACCUUAAUGGUCAGUUAGAGUACCUUCACACUCCUGAUAUGAAGAAGAAGCAGCAAGAGCUUGAUGAACAAGAGAAAAAUCUGAAACUGAUAGAGCAAAAACUAGGUAUGACUCCAACACGUAAGUGUAAUGACUCAUUGCAUCAUUCAGCAAAGCCUGAUGUGACAGAUUGUCCAGUUCCUGCUAAAAGAAUGAGAAGAGAAGCUGCAAGACAAAGGAUUAUAACCAAAACAGAUGUGUGAAAGGUGAAAGAGAAAGGGGACUACUGGUCUCACUGAGAAUGCCCUGACUUCUGCAGCUGUUUCAGAAGACCAAGAGGGUGACUUACCAUUCUGAAUAUUUCUGGAGACAAGACAGUAUCUGGGCAUGAAUUUCCAUGUCUAUCCAGAAGGGACUGGAAACAACAAUUCUGUUUUAUAAAUCUCACUGGGCAAUAUGGAUGUACUGGAAUUAUUCCAGUCAUCGUGCCAUUUGUCAUUGUCUUGCAUAUGUGUCAGAGGAAAAUGUGCAAAUAUGGCAGUGACUUUAAAACCGGCACAUGGCAUUUAUUAACCCUCAAGAAAAGUUUAUGUACUAUUUUUCAGUAUAAUUAUCAUGGGUAUGUUAGAACUAUUUCUUGCAAACCUUUUUAUUACUUUUGUGUGAAUUUAUUUAACAAAAUUGUUCUGUUUUGUCUAAGAAAGUUUCUAGAGGUUAGGUAUUUAAUUGUAAAUAUGUGAAGAAACUCAGUAAAAUUCAGGAUGAAAGUAGAAAAAGCACAGUUAUCUAUCUGGGAAUUCAAAUGUUAAGAUACAUAGAAAACCAUUCAGUUGCUGAGUGUGAACUUGUGCUAGUGGUAGCAUUUUAAAUUUCUGAAGACUUAUCCUCUGUAUAUAUAAAAUAUGCAGCAUCAAUUUUUAUAAGUAUUGUUUGACUUUAUUGAUUCUAGAAUCUAUAGUCUCAGCCUUAAUUCUACAUUUACAUUAUUUCAUAAUUUUUAUUACUAUUUUUAAAGGGUUAAAGAAACAUACAGUCCCACAUUAAUGCAAUAACGUUCUGUUAGAAAGUUGCUGCAGAAACAUUUGACUUGUCUAUUAAUUCAAGCUAACGUAUGUCAAAAUGUAUGUCUUUGUGUCAGUUCAAGGCUGUUGGUCUGUGAAGUUAUUUUGUAAGGAAAACUUUUGGUACAUUUUUGUGUUCCAGGAAAUGUGUUUUUUAAUCCUUUCUAAAUAUACAGCAAGGUUAAUAAAAAGGACUGUUUCUUCCCUGCUGAAUAGAUAAAUGGUUUUUUUCUUUUUUAUUGAAGUCUCCAUUAAAGUUACCCUCCUUAGAACUAUUGUGAUGUUACCUACCUUUUAUAAUUGGAAAUCAUCUCUCUCUGUUGAAGGAAGAAAUAAAACUAAAUAGUGGAAUUAACUACAGGAAAGACUGGUACCCACAUUUGGAGUCCUUAGACAUUAGAUUAUAUGAAAAUGAUAGGUAAGAAAGGUUAGAGAAAUGACUUUUUAGGAACUAGACUUCAAGUAUAUUUAGUCAUAGUGAAAGUUGUUUGUGGGAAACAGUCGUGUUUCAAAUCUGUAACAUGGAGACUAUCUAAAACAAGAAAAGCUAUGUUAAAAUUUUAAAAUUUUCACUAGGAAUGUGUUUAAAAACAAAAAUGUUAAUUUUAUUGCUCAAAAUGGCAAAUUUAAUGGAUAUUACCUAGCACUGAGACCAUAUCUAUGAAUUUUUAUUCAUUUUCAUAAUAUUGAAAAGAAAUUUUUUAUCAAUAAAAUAAGGUUUUAAGUAUUUAUAUCCAUUUUUGUGGCGUUUUUCUGCCCAUUAAAAAUUAACCUUAAUGGUUCCCAGUAAUUACAGUAAAAAGUUUUUCUAUAUAUUUCCCCAGUUGGAUUUAUCCAAGGAUUUUUUUCAACAUACUAAGUCAUUAUGAGUCCUUUUCUACAUUUGAGCAAAUACUGAGGUCCAUAUUGUAUCCAGUACUAAUCAUCACCCACUUUUGUCUUAAAUAUGGAACAUGAAAGAACAAGUAAAAUUUUAUUUUUGUAAGAUUUAAUUCUAGCAUUUACUGCAAAGGAAGAUAACUGGAGAGAAAAAUUAACACCACAGCCAUCCAUUCUGUGUUCUGUGAUAUGUAAUCUGAAAAAUGUCACAAUGGUUAAAAAAAAAAAAAAUCUUUUUUUUUCUUUCAAGGGAAAUGUAAUAGCCUCUUGUGUAGUUUGAAAU